AUGUACACCACCCACAUCCCCAUAAUCGCUCCCAAAAUCAGCGUAGCCGCUUAUUUCAACCGGAGGCACACUGAGCGCAACCAGAAAACAUCCUAUUCGAUCACAGUCCAGGGAGUGGUGGACCACAGGGGGGUAUUCACGGAUGUGUGCAUAGGCUAUCCGGGCUCAAUGCCGGACGACCAGGUCUUGGAAAAGUCGACACUUUUUCAGCGGGCCAAUGCGGGUUUUUACCAGGGUGUAUGGAUAGUGGGUGGGACAGGCUACCCGUUGAUGGACUGGGUUUUGGUUCCCUACACGCAGCAGCACCUAACGUGGACACAGCACGCGUUCAACGAGAAAAUCGGGGAAAUUCAGAGGAUUGCAAAGGAGUCUUUCGCGAGGCUCAAAGGGAGGUGGGGCUGCCUGCAGAAGAGAACGGAGGUUAAGCUUCAGGACCUUCCGGUCGUGCUUGGGGCGUGUUGCGUGUUGCAUAAUAUAUGUGAGUUGAGGAACGAGGGCCUAAACUCGGGCCUGGAGUUUGAGCUCGUUGACGACGAAAUGGUGCCUGAGGUCGGGCUGAGGUCAGCAACUGCUAUGAAGGCCCGGGAUGCUAUAGCGCAUAAUUUGCUGCAUCAUAAUCAUGCAGGGACCACCUUUCUUUCGUAG